CAUUAGGAUUUACUGUUAACAUUAGGAAUCAAGCUUUGCAUCAGCUUCACAGUUAUGUGCCUCCAUGAGGAUGGCUCUUAUUGUGUUGGAAGACUGUGAAGAAAACAAUUUCAUUGAGACUAUCAAGUAAGUAUCCCCUUUGUUUGUAAGUCUUUCCACUCUUAAAGACUUCAUUGUGAGUGGUCAAAUCCACAUUGUGGAUUGUGUACAAUAAGUGACAAUAUAAACUUAAGGGUAAUUUUUCACUGGCUUUUUUAAGCUUUUAACUAUAAAUUCUCUCUGAACAUUUUGCUUUCAAUAACUUUUGCAUAGUUUCUCGGUUAUAAGGCAAACUUGGUUCCAAGAUGCACCUCAAACUUAAUAACUUAGUCAAGCCAAGUUCCCAGACUGAAAAUUACGUGAAAAUACUUGCUUAUAAGAUGCACCAAAAGGAUGAGAGUUAACAAAAGGAUUUAAUGGAACUGAGAACAAUUAUUCCUACACAACUGGCAUGCAAACUCUUUUGUUAAAAUGUAAAUAAAAGUGAAAAAGUCACACAUUUAAUGAUCUACAUAAAAACCAAGGCUAAAAUUUCACACCUGAUUAUGAAUAUUCAAUGAUCCUGAUUUCAUUCUAUUAACCCUUUAACUCCCAGAUCCAAUUUGUAAUUCUCCUUACAAUCAACCAUACAAUUCUUACAAUGUUCAUUCAGAGAAUUUUGUUUUGGAUCAAGUAAUUAUCCCCAAAUUGAUCUUUUCCUUUAAUCUCAUCACUUAUCUAGUUGCUAUUGUAUAAAUAUUUUAAGGAGAAAUUCUGUCUUGGUCAGGCCAUGGGAGUUAAAGGGUUAAAUAUCAACCAACUGAUUUAAAACUCAGUUGUAAAACUAACUGAUGCGUUCUCAUCCUAAACAGUCAGAGUUUAACUUCAACUUCUUGUUCGAUUGCAAAUAUGCUAAGCACUUGCCGUCACUGAUAUGACCUCAACUUCAAGUUGAAAAUUGUUGCCAAAGCUGAGGCAGUCAACAACAAUCGUGAAAUUGCCCAUGAAUAUAUGGCAUUUCAGAAUUCAUGGUGAGAAAAUGAUGCAAUCAGCAACAUUAAGCCUGUUUUCUGGUGGGCUGCCGAUGAUAGCAAAGUGUGUAUCCUUGCAACACUAUAAACCAAAAGACCUGAGUUGGAUAUCAUGUUACCAAGCACGUGCUCUUGAGCAUGUGUGCAAAUUUCCACUUGUUUGCUUUUUUAUAGAAGUUGUUUUAAGUGUUCUAAAAGCAGUAUUCAUUUUUAAUUCAUAGGAAUAAAAGUUUGAAUUCGAUGUAAUCUUCGCUACACCUCAGACCAAAAAGCUCUGCUUUUUCUCCUUUUUCUCUAAACAGUUAGUGUCCUUUUCUUGUCUUUUUAACUACAGUAAAAGUUCUGCUAAAAUUGUGAUAUCAAGAUUUUUUUGUGCAAAAAUACUUGGCUAUAAGAUGCACCUCAAUUUCAGCAUAACUUUCCAAUUGAGGAAAGAAUUUUUUCGGAAAAAACCAUGUGCCUAUAGAGCCAAGAAACUACGGUAAAUUCUCUUUGAACAUUUUGCUCCAUUUCUCUCUACCAAAAUUUUUUCACUAUGUAUUUUGUGGUGUUUGUUUCCCAAAACCUGUGGAAGAUUCUUUCUCUCCUAGACAGUCAUGGCCUCAGUGGCUGUUUCAAUGAAUAUACUUGGUCAUCAUAACCUAUUUUGUUUCAACAGAUCACCGAAGGAUGAUGAUACAACAAGCACACGCCCAUUGUAUUUAUUUCUUCUGGACUCCUGUCAGGUAAAGCUGUUCCUUUCUCCCUGGUUACUUAUAUCACUAUGGCAACUGGCCAAAGUAGCCCUCUCUUAUUCCUUAGUAAGGGUUAAAACCAGUUAUAUGAGUUCUUUGAGACAGAGCUGACCUCCUUGAUCAGUAGCAAAAGAAUAGGCUCUGUAGAAAUGUAGGUAUUGUUAAAACUAAUUUUGAGAAAAAGAGAGUGGUCUAAAAUCUAUUGUUUAUUGUACCUGUAUUGAUGAAACUAUGUCAUUGAAGCUUUACAGGCCAGAGAUUUUCCAUCUCUUCUCAUUUUUUCCUAACAUCUUGCAUGAGUUAAUACAGUAAUAAAUUUAAUGGUAGAAAAGUGUAGUGUAUUGCAUGCCUACCAAAACUAACAACCAUACAGAGUCAAGGGCAUGUACAUGUACAUGUACAUGUACUGUACAUGUAGGCUCAACUUAUAUAUUUUGCCUCUUCUAAGUAUUGGUUCAAAGAUUAAUUUUACUGUGUGUUUUUGAACAAUUAUUUUCUUAUGUUACAGCUUGCAAAUAUAUACUGUUGCAGAAGGCAAUAACAAAAAGUACAAUUUUUGUAGGCAAUAGCUUUUUUAUAAAGGGUAACUCAGCUGUAGUAAUGAAUAAGGGGGAAAGUUUCUAAAGAAACUGUGGUGCUGCAUCAGUGGGAGAGUAUAGUAGGUAAUUUAGUGUUAACAACUGAGUUGAAAACGUAAAUCAGCCACUGUAAAGGGUAAAAAAGCUGAUGUUUCAAGCGUUAGCCCUUCAUCUGAGCAAUUUGUUGCAGUGCUGUUAUGACUAUAAAUUUACAAGUUUUUCCUGGAUUCUGUCAGAUACUUGAUGCAAGAGGAGCUUUUCCUUGUUGCUUACUAUUUUUAAAUAGUAAGUGACAAUAAUAAGUAUUAUUAUAAUAGUAAGUUAAUAAAUGGGUAGUCAGGUUUGGUGAAUUUUACAAGUGUAACAGCUGUAUUAAUAUGGCCAACUUACUGUAAUUACAGGAAAAGGAAAGUGGAAAGGGAGCAUGCAUGUAUGUGUCCUCAGCAAAAAGUUCAGAUUCAACACAAUCAUCAUCAAGAAGCUGGAGACUAUCAGGAUUUACUGUUAAGAAGGAAUCAAGCAUUGCAUUAGCUUCACAGUUAUGCGCCUCUGUGAGGAUGGCUCUUAUUGUGUUGAAAGACUGUGAAGAAAACAAUUUCAUUGAGACUAUCAAGUAAGUAUCCCUUUUGUUUGUAAGUCUUUCCAUUCUUAAAGAUUUCAAUGUGAGUGGUCAUUAGUAAAGUUUGACAAUUAAAUUCAUGAUAAUAUACAUGAAAAAAUUAUGCACUUCUUAUUGGCUGAGAACAAGUGCAUUUUCAUGCAGCACAAGUGCGAAGUUGUAACACAAGUGCAGAUUAUAAAAUUAAUAGUAUGCUGUUGAAAUUAUGAAUAAGUGCUACACGUGUACAAAUUGCACUUGCCUUAUGCACUCUUGCAAUUAUGUUGUCUUUGAAAAACUUACAUGUGCUUAUUAACACCAAAUUGUAUUGAAAAGUUAUUACCUGAACAGGAUUCCUUUAAAAUGCUGUAUGGAUUACAUGCAGCUGCAUGAAUUAGCAUUGCAAAGAUUUCAUUUUGUGGAUUGUGGACAAUAUGUGACAAUGAAUAAAAAUUUCAGGGUAAUUUUCACUGGCUUUUUGAAGCUUUUAGCUAUAAGUUCUCUCUGAAUAUUUUGCUCCAUCUCUCUCCACCACAAUUUGUCACUAUGUAUUUCGCUUGCUUCCCAAAAACUGCUGAAGAUUCUUUCUUCCGUAGACAGUCAUGGCCUCAAUGGCUGUUUCAGUGAAUAUACUUGGUCAUCAUAGCCUUUUUUGUUUCAACAGAUCAUCAAAUGCAUGCAAUGAGCACACACCCAUUGUAUUUAUUUCCUCUGGACCCCUGUCAGGUAAACCUGUUCCUUUCUCCCAGUAGUUACUGAUAUCACCAUGGUAACUGGCCAAAGUAGCUUCCUCUUAUUCUUUAUGAAGGGUUAAGACCAUUUAUAUAAGUUCUUUGAGACAGAGCCAACCUCCUUGACUAGUGGUUUAAGAAGAGGCUCUGUAGAAGUGUAGGUAGUUGUUAAAACUAAUUUUGAGAAAAAGAGGGUGGUCAAAAAUCUAUUGUUUAUUGUACCUGUAAUGAUGAACCUAUGUCAUUGUGGCUUUACAGGCCUGUGAUUUUCCAUCUCCUCAUUUUUUCCUGACAUCUUGCAUGAGUUAAUAGUCAGUAGUGAAUGAUAGAAAAGUGUGAUGUAUUGCAUGCCUAAUGAAAAAACAACUAUACAAAGUUAAGUGCAUGUAGACACAACUUAAUAUAUAUUUUGCCCCUUCUAAUUCUUGGUUCAAAGAUUUACAGUGUGUUUUUGAAUAUGUUUCAUAUGAUAUAGCUUGCAAAUAUAUACUGUUGCAGAAGGCAAUAACAAAAAGUAGUAGCUUUUUAAGAAAGGGUAAAUCAGCUAUAAGUUUCCUACAUGUAGUAAUUAACAACAGAAAGAUUGACUGGUUUGAACUGUUCUCAACAGUGAUUUGAUCUUUUUGCUUUUUACUCCUGAUUGUAGUGUGCAAUUUUUUUUAGUUUUGAUUGACAGUUGUUACAGUGCUGUUAUAUGUGUGACUAUAAAUUUACAAGUUUUUCCUGGAUUCUGUCAGAUACUUGAUGCAAGAGCAGUACAUUGAUGAGCUUGUGUUCAAACGCUUGACACUGGAGUGUGAUCACCUGAUAACGCAACCAUGACAAUUUGCAGGUACAUGUAUCUAUCAUGUAGAGUUUGGUUGAGUCAUGUUUGCUUUUUCAUUGUAAAAUGCCUUACAUUAUUUUUCAGAGUUUAUUCAGUGACAGUGAAUUUUGAGUGGUGUAUUAAGCCUUAAUCCCUCUUUGAAAAGAACACAUUUCCAAAAAAAAAGACAAAACAAAACAAAAGAGAGGGAAAAAACAGUGGAUUACUUUUUAAAUUACCCAGCCAAUUGGUAUGUGCUUAAUUCAUUUUUACCGUUACUAAGCAAUGGAUUUAACUGGAAGCAAAUUAAAUCACUAAACCAAGUUCUUUUUAAUAAUUGGUGGCUCAUUUUGUAAAACAUGUUGGUUCUGGUUUUCAGUUUCUCCCCGGACAUACAACUUUUUUGUAGCAAACACAAAACAAAAUUAAAAUUAAUAUAAUUGAGCAAUGAAGCUGUGUGCAUAUUGAAAAUGUUGUUGGGAGCCAUACAUAAUUUGGUCCCUUUAGGAAAAUUGUAAGGUCAAUUUAGGAUUUCUUAAAAUGUUCUUUCAGUUACACUUAUUUAGAUUUGACUUCACUUCAGCGCAUUUCCUACAUGUAUUCAUUUUAUUGUGACAUGCAAUAUAGCUCUUUUCAGUCUGGUAAAUACUUACACACCUUGUAAAACAAAAAAUAUAGUGGCCAAAUAAUAAUGUGAUUCAUGUAGCUUUACAAGGGAGACAUUGUCGUAAAAAUUUCUUCAUAAUAUUUUUGCAGUUACACCCAAAUCAAAGAGGUCUGGCAUUGUAAGAAAAAGGAAAUUUGAUACAGCUUUUCUAUCAUCUAGGAACAAUGAUUGUGAAGGUAUGAUAUUUUAUUAACUCUAUUUCUCCUGUUGGUGACCAAGACAGAAUUUCUCCUUACAAUAUCAAUACAAUAUCAAGCAGACAAGUGAUGAAAAUAAGGAAAAAUAUCAGUUAGGAGAUUAAAAGUUGAUUCAAUACCAAAUUCUCCAAACUAACAUCACAAGACCUGUAUGACAGACCGUAAGGAGAAUAAUUUUGAUUCACAUCAAUGCUAUUAAUGUUUUUGCUUCAAAACAGGAUUUUUCAUCACUGGAUAAAGUCACCAUUUCCUUGGAGGACAUGGAGAAGAAGGUCAUGAAAGUUCUUACAAAUGAAAGAAAAGCGUUUUGAAUUAGGGACAAGCAGUCAUGAAAGCUUUCAUAAGCAGAAUUUUCCAGAGUAAAUGUCCACUGUUAUUCGCUUGCUCUAAAAAAGAGUCUUAAUAUGUAAAGUAGCCAAUGAUUAUCAAUUUUACUACUAACAUUGCAUGUAACAAUACCAAACAGAAAAUCUCAUGUUGGAACUAGCGGUAACAUAGAGAAUUAUAAUGAAAUGUUUUGUGGACAAAAUAGUGAGGAAAUCAACAUUGCAACAUUCUAGUAUUUACAGCUUGAGUAAUUUUUUAAUUACUAAUUACUUACCCAAGAGCUCUUUGGCAAUAAUGAAAUUGAUGUAUUUCAUUUCUUCCUCUGCAUAGUUAUUAACUUUUAGACCCUACAGCUUAAUGAGUAAAGAUGCACAUCUAUUCCUUUCAAAGCUCAAUCCCAAA